AUGGACGAAGGCGUUCAUCGUGCAGAACGUCUUGCUACGCUUCUCACAUCUCGUAACGGACUCAUUCGUCGGGAAGCUUCAGAAGCUCUUGGUCGUUUCCCGCUGACAAAUCCUAGCAUUCCUUCAUUGAUCAGACAGUAUUUGCAAAACAGUUCAUGGGAGACUCGCGUCGAUGCGGCAAAAACGCUACGAUUGAUUUUAACUUCAGUAUCAACUGCUUCGAAAGAAGUUGUUCCGUCAACGAAGUUGCUCAAGUCUCUUGAUCUCACAUUAGUAGUUCGCGAUUACUAUCCACUGUUAAGUUGUGAAAAUGAAGUGGUAUUCCGUAUGGGGUCAUGUUCAUGUGAUGAACGACGAAAAUUUAUGGACAAACAGCGCAAAUUUGUGGAUGAGCAACUUCGUCUGCAAACCAAAGCUGGCGUUUCGUGUGCACCAUUUGUCACACAAGAUGAUUUUAUAAAUUAUACCGAUUCCGAGAAGAAUGCUGAGGUGAAGGUAAUUUUGAACGAGCAAGAGAUAUGCGACGAUUUUGACUUGAAAUUGCAUCAGUUAUGCGUCCAGUUGUUAACCGAUCUCGCUGACUCAAAAUGGGAAAUUCGUCAUGGAGCAGCACUUGCGUUUUCUGCUAUUCUCUCAAGUGUUCCAUCCAGGCUGUCUUCCGAUUUGAUUGAUCUCAUAAGCACUCGAUUCUUUCAAACUUUAGCACUUGAUAAUUUCAUCGAUUUUGCAUCUGGAAGAUCAGCAGUUGGACCAGUACGUGAAUGUAUAGCUGAUUGUAUUGCAAAACUUUUCAUAGCGUAUCCGAAUGAGGAGUUCAUUGAAACGGUAGCGAAUCACAUAUUUGCUUUGUACAAUAUUAAAGAAACGAAUUCGGUUGCAACUACUUCAUCAACAACAAAUACUGACGACCUCUUGAAACAUUUGUGGUUUCAACGACAAGCAGCUUUACUUGUUCUGAAAUAUCACUUUGCUGGACAUCUUUAUCAUUUGAAAUUCGAACAAUUUUAUGGUUUAAUCAAACGUUCUUUUGAAGAUACUCACGAUGAGGUCUCGUCAGCCGCUUUAUCAGCAAUCACUGCAUUAUUUUGUAAGGAAAAUUUGAAAGAUGAUAUCACUGAAUUCCUUUCUCAUAUUGAACUCAUCAUCUAUCGUUUCAUUGAUGCAGCUUGUAGUGCGACCAAACAGCAGCAGCUGCAAAAUCAAGAUGCUACGUUUGAAGAGUGUUGUAUGCAAGUGGUGUCAUCGUUGUUUCGUCUUGUACUGUUCACUGCUCCGUACGAAACCGAGAAGCUUAUCGAGGCGUGUAUCUCUUGUGCGUAUUGUAUAAGUGCACAAAUCACAUUACUCAAUCAACUGCCAUUCGCUCUUGUGGAAACAUUCGGCCGUUGGUCUGCGUGUUUAAUGUUAGAUGCGAAAUGUGCUCAGAUUGAUGAUAAUUCACCAUUGACAGAUGUGACGAAGCAUAAUGUGGGUGAAUUUGUUGAGAACGAGCGUUUGGAACUGAUGUGUGGUGAUGAAAUCCGUGCUCUGCCUGAUAUGGAACGAAUUGACGCUCUGAUCACCCGAAAAGUACACAUAGCCAGGUUUUUGGCACCUCUUCUAUCGGCUAUUCACAGCUUCCCAUCAAUGAUCGGCAAUCAGUCGUUGAGUGACGCAACAGAAUUGUUGAUUACGCCAAUGCUUAGUUCACCAGCAAUUAUGCAUCGACUUGGUGGUUCACUUCUCACUCAUAGCUGGUUUUCAUACAAUUGGUCAAUCAGUAAGAAUGAAAGCAAUCCACCAAUUUUCUUGGUUGCGUUAUUGCAAAAAAUGGUUCUUCAAUCGCAGACGUUUGCAUAUGACGAUGAAAAAUUCUUUUUUCAUUAUAUGGAGAGUGCAUACAAAGAAUUUGUAUCGUAUUGCCGUCGAAAAGGUAUUCGAACCAACGAAAUUGAGCAUAUCGAAAAUUCGGCUGGUUCUGUGGACGUUUACGCAAGGAAAGUGUUUGAUAUGUGCUUAUUGCGUAUCAAGAAAGAUGAUGAUCGGUCAGCGUUGAAUUCUCAUUACGAGAAUUUUAAUAAUAUUGUCGCUACUGCAAAAGCUGUUAUGACUCUCAAUGUUUUACGGGUGAAUGCUCUUCUAGUAUCUGCACUGAUCACUGUCUAUCCACAAAUAGUUUGUGAAUCGAAUUCGUUGAAUCCGUUCGUGAAACCGUUUAUGGAGUUGCUGCGUUCCGAGGAAAAUUCAAUUGUUGCACGUCAUGCGCUCAAUUCAUUACCCAUUCUUUUUAGGAUCACCUCAGUUAAGAAGCCAUCUCCACACGCGAAAAUGAUCAAACAAAUCGUAACGAAUCUAACUUCGUGUGAAAAUCAUUUUCCUCAGGAUUUUGAAUUAUGUGAAGCAACUGUUUUAUCGCAAAAGAUCAAUGGAACGGCGUCAGUUCGUUCACAGAAUGCAGAAUUCGCUAUACGUGCCCUCGGAAUUCCAUUUGCAUGCGUUGAAUUAAGUGAUUUACUUGAUUUUCGCAAAUUUGAUUCGCCAAAGGUAAAAGGCAUGUAUAUGGAUGCGUUCAGGGUGUACGUUGAUGAACUGCACGCAACGAGCGGUACAGCACCGGUCAUUGUUCGUGAUGUAUUGCCGGAAUUAAAGAUUCAUCUCUGUGCCGAAUGUGCAGCAUUGCGUUUUUGUGCAGCUCGAUGUGUGAAUGCAAUCGUGCGCUUGGAUGGUGUUCUAAUAGAUGUGCUGAAUUCAGUUGUGAUACCGUUACAGAAAGAACUUCGCUCUGGUGUUGCUUCAAUAAGUGCACGUUGUGGACUUGUUGAACUGCUUUUCUUUAUGUCGCAGUUAAGUGUUGAAGUGAUAGGUGCUUUGAGACUAAUUGCUCCACUCUCACUGCGCCUCAUGACCGACAGUUGUGAAGAAGUCCGGCAGACUGCUGCGAUCGCAUUCCGCAAUUUCGUUCCACUUAUGGCAAUCAAAGCUGAUAGAGCAAAAAAUGGUAAAAUAUUAUCGAAAAAUGACGGCGCUGACUCAGAGAUAACCGAUUGCUCAAUUGAUUUGUUGUUAGGUGAUCCAAGUCGCCUUUCGCCUCUCAAAGUUGAUCAAAUCAAGGGACUUUGCUCAUCGGUCAUAUUAAGGCCUUAUCAACAGGAAGGUAUUCGAUGGAUGUCUUUCUUGGAAGAGUAUGGAUUGAAUGGCAUAUUAGCUGAUGAUAUGGGUCUCGGCAAAACGUUGCAAACGUUAUGUUUAGUAGCGUUGAAAAUUCAUGAUAAACCCACUGCUAAGAUUUUGGUAGUAUGCCCACCCACUUUAGUGGGGCAUUGGUGUGUUGAAUGGUCAAAAUAUUUUCCGAACCUUGCACCUUUCCAUAAGGUGAACGAAGGUGUAAAAGACCAAAAUAGUUUGGCGAUGAGCGGCAGUCAGUUCGCGACAGUUGCUUCUUAUAAUACAAUUCGAGCGUGUUCAUAUUUUCAAGAUAUUGACUGGUACUAUGUGAUUCUGGACGAGGGUCAUGCGAUACGUAAUCCAACGACGCAAACGUUCAAAUCAGUCACAUCUUUACGUGCCCAGAAUCGGCUCAUUCUUUCCGGUACACCCGUUCAAAACACGCCAGCCGAUUUAUGGGCACUUUUUCAGUUUCUAAUGCCAGGUUAUCUAGGCUCAAUGAAACAAUUUAAAACGACGUUCUUGAAAGCAAUCAACGCCUGUAGAAAUGUUAAUGCAUCCCCCAAAGAAAUACAGGAUGGUGAAAAUGCAUUGGAACGUUUGCACAAAGCGGUAUUACCGUUCGUAAUGCGUCGCUUAAAGACUGACGUGCUCAAUGAUCUCCCGGAUAAGAUAGUGCAAGACUAUCUGUGUGUGAUGACCGAUGUACAGCGUGCUUUAUAUGAACAUAUCAUUGAUCUGUGCAAAACCGGACUAAAUUCUACUGAGCAGCAAUCUGAACAACGCCUUAGUGCUCUUGAGACGAUUACUGAAUUACGCAAGUGUGUUGUACACCCAGUGCUGGUUGGUGCGAAAGCAAAAACUUGUUUCAACUCUGUUAUCUUUGGGGUAGCAGUUGAAUCUGGUAAGAUGAAAGCUCUAGGGCAGUUGUUAUGUGAAUGUGGUAUUGGCUCCAUGGAAGAAUAUACGACCAGUGAAUAUUCUGUACAGGAUAGUGGAGUUUCCACACUGGACUCUCAUCGAGCUCUCAUUUUUUGUCAGCGUCUCUCAACCCUUCAAAUAAUUGCCGAUUUUUUCAAUUCUGGUCAAUUAGGUAUCAACAUUAGGUAUUCCAUUCUGGAUGGAACUGUACCAGUUAAUGAACGCUAUGCAAUUGCUGAAAAUUUCAAUAACGAUCCGGGAAUUGAUGUUCUUCUUUUAACAACUAGUGUUGGAGGCGAGGGAUUGAACUUGAUCGGUGCUGACGUUGUGAUAUUUGUGGAGCAUGACUGGAAUCCAGUCAAGGAUCUACAAGCAAUGGAUCGUGCGCAUCGAAUCGGUCAAAAACGUACCGUUAACGUCUAUCGACUCAUUACCGAAUCGUCCAUUGAGCAAAAAAUUAUGCGGUAUCAGAAAUUCAAAACGGAUACGGCAAAUGCACUGGUAGGCGCAGACAAUCGCUCGUUGCAAACGAUGGCUACUGAGCAGCUGGUUGAGUUGUUCACUUUAGAAGGGAGCGGCAACGGCAAGAGUACGCCAUCUUCAGUUGGUCAGUCUGUUACAUCUUCUCAAAAAAUAUCGAAAAGGAGCGAAUCUCAGCAAGCGCUUUCGAAUGCUUUUGAUCCUGUCGAGAAAUGGGAUCUUCAGGAGCUAUGGGAUCAAUCACAGUAUGACUGCUAUAAUGCUGUGAAUAUUGCAAUGGAAGCCAAUGACAACGCGUCGCUUAAAAAAUUGAAACGUCACUCCUCAGAUGUGCCAUCAUCAUCGAAUCUAUUUCCCACUAAGCAAUCUCGACGUCAUUGUUGA